AUGAAUAAAAAAAGUCGAGCCCAGGCCCGCUGCCCACCUCGCUCUCCCGCCCCGCCCACGGGCCUCGCCCAGCCUGACCUCCGCCCCUUGGCCCCGCCCCUCCGCCCUGCCUCGAGCCUAGGCCCCGCCCCACGCUCCGGCCCCGCCCCGCAUCCCGGCCGUGCGCUGCAUCCCCGCCGAGCUCAGCUGCUUCGGGAACCGUUCCCAGAGCUCCUGAGGCCCGAAAUCCCAGGCCUGGGUGGCCACUGCAGCCGGGCGGCUCGGAGGGGAAAGAUGGCCGCCCUGACGACGGUCGUGGUGGCGGCGGCUGCCACCGCAGUAGCCGGGGCUGUGGCGGGGGCGGGCGCGGCCACCGGGACCAGCGUGGGAGCAGCGCCGGUGCUGCAACAGAACAAUGGCUGCUGUGGUGCUUCAGGGGGUAUUCGUCCUUUUCACCUUCAAAACUGGAAGCAGAAAGCUAGUCAGACUAAGAAAGCAGAAUUCAUACGCACAGCAGAAAAAUUAAAAAAUCAAUGUGAAGUGGAGAGCUCCAGUAACCGUGCAGGACCACGAGGUCACCUUGAAGAUGGAAGCCACAUAUCUUGCAUGGCAGGGCAAGAAUGAAGGAGCCUAGGUCAUUGAUGGCUGUGAACUGCCUGUCUCUGGACUUACUUCACAAAGUGAGGAUAGGCCGUCAUGUGGUUAAGCCAAAACCACUUUAGGUUUUUAAUUAUAUGCAAAGAGUCUUGAUAAUUGAUACAGGUACCUGAUUGUUUAUUGUUAAUAAAUAAAGCACUAUUUGGUAUUAUCCA